GUUGUUAGUAGUUUUAUCAUUUUCCGCAAGGCUUGCCGGUUAGUUUUAGAGUUAUGUUAUUUGUUAAGAAAUUCAAAUGACCUUAUACGGUUAAAUUUCUCGGAAACAAUAUCAUGAAAAUAAUGGCGAAUAUCAACAAAACAUCAGAUAGAUAGUCAGGGUUUGAAACUACUUUUCUUUUAAGUCUGAAAGUCCUCUUCUCCGAGUCGCAACCAUUAAAAAUAGCUGCAUUGGUAUCACAACUAAGAAAAUCCGAGAUUCCAUUAAGCGGUGAAUCGACCCUCCGUAUCGAACGAAGGCGACGAUGAUUUCAGCUACUCUCAUCAUGUCUCUGUGGCUCCCAGGUGGGUUUAAGAACACAGUGUUGACAUUGUCAGUAAUCAAACGAUUCCUUCAUUCUUUUCUUUUUUUUCAUCGUGACCUUUUACAACAAUGCAACUCAUCUCACCAUUUAACUGAAGCCGACGAUCGGAUAAACGCACAAACCCGGAAGUGCCUCUUCGUCAUACCACCUUAAAUUAGGAAAUUAAGUCUAAACCGGAAUUAUGUACAUUUGUAGCCUGAUUUUAACACUGGAAACAAUAUUUAAAGCAAUUGAUGCUUUAACACAGACAAAAAAGGUUUUUCGUUCUAGAUUAACUGCUUAAGGUGAAAGUGAAAGUAAUCAUCAAUAAGAGAGAAUUUAAUGUUUGGUGUACGGAAGAUAUAUUAAGACUUACUAGAUUUAACAAAGUCUAAAUUAGAAUGAAAACAUUUCGAAUUUCCAGACCUGAAAGCAAGGAUUUUGCGACCCAACAGAGAAAUCUGAAAAACAGGAUCGGCAAACGGUUGGUUUAAGAAAGAGAUGACCACGAACUAUAUUUUUGAAGCGGCUGAAGACACUGCUUGUGGAAGACCUUUCAUAAAUAAUUAAAUGACUGUAUGUUUAGCGAUGUAGUCGCUACCGGUUUAUUCUAAAAAAUAUUCAAAAGCUAAAGAGCGACAUCUGAACUACGAUUUUUGAUAAAUAUUCAGGUGAUUUAUUUCCGAGAAAGAACAAGACAAAGAGAAAGGCCAUUGUUUAGGUUCAGUCUGUGCAUAAAUCAAUCGACAGUGUCUCAGUACACGAAUGGAAAAUAAGGAAUCUAGAAUUAUGGAAAUGAAAUACGCGGAAACUACAAAUCGUUAACACGCACCUAGAGACCAUUUGCAUUUGAUCAGUCUACUUGUCAAACUGAUACAUUAUUAGCUUUUUAAAAAACUUCUAGAGCAAUUCCGUUACAGGGAAAAAGUACGGAAGGAGUUCUUCGGUCUUUGGUCAACGGAGAGAUUUGACAACUUAGCUUACGAAGUCGCUUCUGAUUCUGCAUUUAGGCAAUAAUAACCAUUCUAUUGUUUUUCUUUUCCAUUUCUUUCCACGAUUUAACAGUAUUUUGCCAAGGAGGGCAUCCUAAAAUUGUUUCUAGACCAAGUGAUCCCCUGAUUGCUCGUAGCGAAGACAAAGCUACGCUUAAUUGGACGCUUGGGUUGCUUCCCUCAGAGACGUGGAAUAGUAGCAUAUUUGAAGUGGCGUUUGGAAUCUGGAAAGAUCCAGGAUUCCUGAAAACAAAACUCUUGGCCAUCGAUAGACAUGGUGAGGUACUGAUAAGACCAAACUACGAAAAGAAAAUUAGCUGCGACUUUAACAUGUCCAAGCUUCAAGUUGCAUUCACACUCCAUGGUUUAACCAUGAAGGAUGAGAAUCACUAUUGUCUUCAGGUUGAGCUUGGCCUUCAUCAGCCUCCUUUGACGGAUCCUGUGAUGCUUCUUCUUGAGGGUAAUAUGUUUGUUACAUUUCAUUUGUGGAGGAAUGCCACAGACCCGGAAGAAGGGGUACUUGGGUAAAUAUGUUCUGAGUAUAUGCCCCUGGCCACUCAGAGCCCCUUGCCCAUAGUCUUUCAGUGGCCAAUUAUGGACCCCAUCUUAGCCACUUUUGAGAAAAUGUGAUGGCUUUCCUUCUUUGACUUUCACUUCUGAUUUAGAAAAACCUUAUUCUCAAAUAUCUAAACAGAUUCUCCUAAGAUAACCAGUCCCAAACAGGAAAACUUUUCCGUGAACGUUGGGGACAACUUGCGAAUAAACAGCCAAGCAAAGGGUCUUCCUGCACCUAACAUAACAUGGACGAAACAGGGGAGAAUUGUUGGUAAUGAUACAUUGAUUGUCAAUGGAGUAACGCCAAAUGACAGCGGAGUCUACUUGUGCAGCGCUCACAACCAGGCUGGUGAAGAUCAUAAGGAGAUUGUGGUUACGGUUUUGGAGCAUAAUUAUGGAUCACAAAAGCUAACAGGUUUUAACAAUUUGUUUGUCGAAAUAAAUACCCAUGAACUAGAUUGCUAAUGCAUAUUCUUAUGUUGGUGACUGAAUUUUCAUUUCCAGAGUGUUUCCAUUGGCGCGCUCUGUGUUAAACGAUUUGAAAAUUACAAACACUCCCUCACUAGUAACCGAAUGGAAUCAUUACCUAUUCAAGGAGUUAGUUUCUCUGAUCUUUUUUAAGCUAAGGAUCUCUUUCGCACAAGUCAUGAUAUCGACCACAUCAGUGUCCCUGUAAUCUUAAGCAGUCCACAUUACUCUAACAAGGUCCCACAAUUUGAUACCUUCUCCUGAUAUCGAUCAUCGGUUCGAUUAACUUAUUUAUACGUUUAAAAAAAAAGUUUUCAAUUUUCAAUUUUCUGAAUUGGCCAAGCCGCUCAUUCACAAUUUAAUUACAGACAGACUGAUAACCGAGGUGGCCCCCCCUGGCCUCUCCUCUAGUCUUUGAGGUCUCUUGUUGUUGAAUUUGUAUAAAUAUUACUUCUGAAGCUGCUCAGAAAUAAUGACGACGAUUAUAAUGAUAAUCAUCCUUCCUGCUAAAGUGCUUUCUAACUUUUUUCUAGUUCCUCAUAUGCCAACACAAACAUCACAUGAUAGAGGAAGUCCUGUGUGGUUAUUUCCAGUAGUCAUAGGUGUGUCAGUUUUUUAAUAGCUGCAGUGGUUGUCUUUCGCUCGCGUGGGCACCGCUGCAAAAGGAACCUCGCUUAUGAGCAGCAUAUUGAUGAAAAAGCAUCAGGUGAGCACUUCACAACUGCCGAGAUCUAGCCUAGAGCCGAUGAGGAGGCUGCGAGUUAGUGACUGAACAGUAUACCUUGAUCAUACUCUAUCAUGGAAUGCAUCAUUAGCUGGUAUACCGAAAUAGUAUCAAAAGCAGCUGUGCAAUUUCUCCAAUUUUUCCUCUUUCUUAACCUCCUGCCGGUUUCUGCUCCUAAGCCUCUAAAUUGUCUCCACUGAUCCGAUAAUUCUCGUAAGUUAUAAAUAAAACUUGCGUAAUUGUAGUACACUAUAAGCGUGCUUUAAAAUGAUUGCUAAGGAAAAAUAGAAAACUUUAAAACAGAUCAAUUCAUGUUAUUGACGGGACAAAAUUUUCUCAUCGAGAAAAUGAGAAAUGAGUUGCUUUGACAAAAAUCGUCUACUAGUCUUUGAAUAACAUUCUGACGCACCUAUUUGAUGAGUGCAUCGGUACUCAAAAUCCUUUGUUUUACAACGUUAGUUCGGAACACAACCCAAUCACUGAAAAAAUUCCAAGAACUUGCAACUGAAUUGUUUGCUACCUUAAUUGGCAUGGAAAGGCUUGAUAGGAGAGAACUUUUAAAAAUUAAAACCUGUAAUCUGGCCUAAUUUUGGUAAAUAAAGCAAGAAUACAAUUUUCUGCGCUACAUGUAUAUAUAUAUUUUUUUUUUUUUUUUCCAAAAGCAACACUUUUAAACAACACGUUUCCUUGUAUCCAAGGGUUAUAGAACAAGAUAUCAUAAAAUGCAAAAGAUUUGCCUUUUUAGUAAGGGCGACUGUACCAAACGGUCGACAAUGAAUUCCGUAAAAAACUAUCAAAACAGUUUGAUCAAAUAUGGUGUGCCUUUUCGUUUCUUUUAGAAAUGUUUAUAAGUUCAAUCCUGUCGUUUCAGUGAACAAUCUCGAAAACGGAAAGAGCCUUCGAGCUUCAAGCAAUAAAGGAAGCUACAUGCAGGGUGAAUUACAAGUGAUUUGGCCCGACAACCAACCCUUGUAGUAAUCUCCAUUUUAAUUUAUAAACACUACUAAGAUAAACUUUCAUAAAGCUUGGUUUGCUUUUAGCUUUUGCUAUAAAUACAGGAUAGGAGUCGCAUACGGUUCAGAAGAAUGCGGAUGCAUUUACCUGUUGGUGAGAGAAUCAGAAAAGUGUACGAAGCCUUACCAAAAACACAUCAAAAUUCGCUGGAGAGACGCCAAAAUAAGUUUUAACCCUUUAACUCCCAGGAGUGAUCAAGACGGAAUUACUCCUUACAAUAUCAAUACAAUAUCAACCAGAUAAGUGAUGAAAACAAAGAAAAAUAUCAAUUUGGGGAUAAUGAGUCGAUGCAAUACUAAAUUAUUUGAACUAACAUUGUAAGAAUUGUAUGGUUGACGGUAAGGAGAGUAAGAACUUUUAAGAACUUUUCUCUGUCUCCAUCUAAAUCAAGCUCCUGCUGCUUAACCCUUUAACUCCUAUGAGUGACCAAGACAGAAUCUCUCCUUACAAUAUCAACACAAAAUCAAGCAGACGAGUAAGGAGAAAAUAGAAGAAGGGAGACUACAAGUUGAUCCAAUACCAAAUUCUCCAAAUUGAAAUGAUUAGUAGUUUAUGGCAGACAGUAGGGAGAAUUCCUUAGACAUCUUGGGAGUUAAGGGAGUUAACAAUCACAGGUAGACAGGAUGCUUUAUGAAGAAAGACACUUCUCAGAAUUUCAUUGCUGACGUGUCACGCCAUGAAAGCCCGACAGAGCGGGCUUCCCUGCAAUCAAAACUUUUCUAAGAAUCACAUCUAACAAUAUCAAGUGAUCUUAAAAAUUAUGCUUGUCUUUUGAUAGACAAAAUACCCAAAUUUGUGCAUACUAUAAAAUCGAUAUGUUGUCCUCUUUGAAUUAGGGGGGACAGUACGGUUGUCAGAAAUUAAAUAUUGACCAAACUUCCGCGGAAAACUUCAUGCAAACCUCUUGAGACUCUCCGAUUCCUUGUUUCGGCCGACACUCCGAGCGAUUCUAAGAUCUCGGCUCUUAAUUCAGUUGGUUCAAGAUUCUACGGUUUCAAGGACCAGUUAAGACAUAGCGAUUUCACUGUACCCUGAAGUACGGUUAUUUCGUAAAGUAGAACAUCGACACGAUUCCUCAGUUGAACUGAUUAAAUUUCUUAACAGACAUCUGAUACUCCUAAGAUGUUUACAGGGCAUUCCUGGGAACCAAGAAAAUGCACUGUCAGGGUCGUGGAUUUUAUUACAAUAGCGCAUGGAUGAUGCAAUUCAAUAAAACGCUAACUCAACAUAUAUCUAGUGGCUGUGAUGGAUUUACGUUUGCGCCAAGUUUUCUUCGGCAGUUUUUGCAUGGUGACAUUACUUCAAGGUAAGUUUUAAUGCUGGCAGCAUGUACGAGGAGAUGAUAACGUUAGUAAGUAAAAUAGAAUCUAUAAAGCUUUGAAAUUGAAGAUGAAAUCGGAAAGUGAUGCUCCAAAUAUGUUCGUGCCCUUCGACAACAAAGUUGAGGUUCGAAGUGCUGCGUUGAAAACUUAACACACAAUUGUUAGAAAUAUCUGAAAUGACUCAUCGUUCGCUACUGAGUUAGAAGAAAUUUCUGAAGGCAUCCACAGCCAUUGAUUUUCAAGAGCUUCCUGCUUUUCUAGGAAAUAUCAUAUAUGAUACGAGCAACAAAUAAAACGACUGCGAACGAGACUAAAGUAACCCAGCUCAAAGGCAUUGGGCGAAGCAGAACCAAGGAAAACGUCGAGGAGAAAAUUGUUAAAUACUUUCUGAAGAAUUUGACGAGUGGCCGAAUGGGUUUCACGUCUCUAGCGGCGCCAAACCCGACAAUUUUAGCUGAUGUUGUCAACAGGAUUAAUUCCCGACGUUUCCUCGAGUUUGUCCCUCAAUGAGCGCAGACUCAUUUCCCGAACAGCGGCUGGUAAUCGAAGGAUAAGAAAUGUACAAAGCUAGAUUUUUUUAUUAUUAAAUCUUUUGUUUCACCACGCUGUCAGUUAAGUCCCUUGUAUAACUUAAGGACCUCAUUUCAAUCAGAAACGGUUUUAAAUUUGAAAUUGUUUGAUGCAUGCUUGGGAUUUGAGUCACAAAUUUUCACUUGUUAGCAAGGGUAUUCACAACAAAACGUAGUGAUGAGAUUGGAGGACGUAUUUCUCGAGAAGAAAAAACCUCAACAAUCGAUGGAAACAGAUUUCUGGAUUCAAAAUUUUUUGAAAAAAAAAAGAAAAAAGAAAAAAACAAGCAAAGAACGGUUACCCGUCGAUAUGAACUUGAUCGCAUCGAAAAGAGGAUUUGGUGGCCAAGCAUAAUGCGUUAACAUGAUGGUGCUAUUUCGCGACAUAGUGGAUCACCACGGAAAUUUGAUGAUCGUCUGGUAAAUGAAAAGCAUUAACAUCGGUGUGCUGGGUUGGAAAAAGGGAACUGUUGAUUAUGGAAAAGAGUAAUUGACACGAGUUGUAAAUCAGAGAAGGUGCCAAUAAAAUUGUUGACCAUUUGAGUAGAGAGUGAGUUGAAAAAAUAUGUUUUAAGAAAAAUCAAGACAAUUUAAACUAGUCGUUUACAGGUCAUGAUUGCUCAGCGAUAAACGAGUCGCAUUAAAGUUUUCAUAACUUACAAAAAUAUUACACCUGAAUUGAUUGUUCUAUUAAUUAAUUAUUAAUCAUUUGAUUUUGUAUUUUCUCAUUUCCUUGAUUUUUAUUUUUAAUAGUGGCUGGUAGUAUAAACUUCACAGGGGACAUACCAGACCGUACAAUAAAGGCCAAACUAGAUGACGAUGUCGCUCUGGGCUGGAGCUUCUCAUACAACGAUUUGGGAGGCAAUCCAGGUGGCCCAUUUGGUGCUCCAGACGUGUAUGAAAUCAGCUUUGGCAUUUAUAAAUCUAUACAUGGCGAAACUUUCUUGAGCGAGAAACUUGUUGUUGUCGAUAGUAGUGGAAAGUUCAGUGUUCAAGCUGGAUUUGAUAGAAAAAUGGAUUGGAGCCACUCAAAAUACAAAUUAACAUUCAUUCUGAAAAACAUUGCUAUCCAAGAUCAGGGAAUGUACGGAGUGAAUGUUGAGCUUGGCUUGAGUCAGCUGCCGCUCAAGGAUUCUGUGAUUGUUAUCAUACCAGGACUCUCGUACGUGGUUCAAAAUGGCAGCUCGAUUGUCCGUAAAGGUAAGGCAAAUUAAUUCAGUGAUAUCCUUAACCCUAUAAAACUAAUGAAAUGUAGACUUCAAAAUUCUGAUAUUCUAAUUUUUUUUAGAGUCAGCCUACAUGAUGGAACCUUUUGAACUAUCGUUUACAAGAUCGGAACACGACCGAACUGCUGACCGUAUCAAGUACACACUCAAAAAAGAUAACACAAGCAUUUUCAUUAUUGGAAAGAACAGAGAAGAUAACAAAUUCAGUUGCUCUCAUUAUGUUACUCCAAAACCUACACCCUGUUCUGAUGAUUCCUUCUCAGUGAACGAAAUUUACGUUUCUUUCAAACUAAGAAAUGUUACCCUUCAAGAUGCUGGUCGAUACCUGUGUAUAAAGUAUUCAUCGGGGCUCUACAAUACAACAUUCGAGGAAAUCGAUCUUAAUGUACAAGGUAACGUAAGCAAGUAUGUUUGAAUGAUUUACUGACAUUACAGCCAGCUUAUCUUUAACCAGAGCUGAAUUUGAGAAAGACCAUGAAUUUUCUUUCAUUUGUUCUUUUGAAAUUUGUUGAUUACUUGCUCAACUUAAUCCGUGAUAAGUUUAGCUGCUCCAGGUGCAACCCUUUGAGUUUGCUGGUAGGGCCUGAAAAAAGAUAAAAAUGAAAAAAAAUUUCUCACCCGUACGCUGUUUUAAAAUCUGUAUAUCUUAGAAAAUUUCCAGUGUGCUGAUUUCAACUUGUCAUUAAUCUUUGCCAUCUGCUUUUAUGUCUUCUAUUAGAGAGACCAACCGUAGAAAUAAUUGACGAUGAAACAUCAGCUCCCAGGGCAAAAAGCAGUUAUUCCAGUAAGUAUCGAUUGUAAGCCCUACCAGUAAAAGAGUCCAGAAAAUGAGUCGAUAGGUAAUAAGAGUAAGAAAAGAUAGACUCAUAAUAUAAAGUAUGCACAGAAGGGCGCGGUUAAAUGUAGAGUGGUGUUGUAAAGCGGUAAAUGCAUUGUCGUCGAGAAGGCCCUUAUUAUCAACUCUUCGGCACGAGCUUGUGGGAAAUUAUGAGACUUUGAGCUACGCAAAACGGCGAUCCAGACUCCCAGCAAACCAUUCCCCGACUCGUCUCCAAUCUUUACGCAUGCAGAGAAACGCGCGUCCCGCAGCGCUAAUAACGAGGGCCUACUCGCAGGCUGGUAAGUUCAAGGACUUCGGAGGAAGUAUGGGCCUGAAGUUGCAUGGAGUGGUUGGAUUAAAUUUGAAAAUGAUUGUAACGAUGUGGAGUGGAAUGUACGUAGUGCAGCAUGAGCCUUGUGUCAUGCGUGGAGGGACUUAACGUGGCUUAUAGUGUACUCUAGGUGGUGUUCAAGAGGAGCAAAGUACUAGGAGAGUCGUCAGCCACAGGGGACGUACGUGGGAUUGACUUUUUGUAGUCUGCACUAGUGCAUUAUACAAUUAAACUAGCUUGUUUUUGGUGAGACAGGGUUUUAUUUGGUGUGGAAUGGCAUGAAUUAAUCUGGAUGGGGAUGAAGUGUAAACUGUGUGUGAGUGAUGAAGAGUGCUGUAGAGUAGCAUCAGAUUGUGAGUAAUGGAAUUAAGUUGUCGAUUGUGUUAGAUUGCUGUGGGAAAAGAGUCCGAUGGAGAUGUUAGGCGUUGAGUGCACAGAAGUAGUGCCGAGUUGCACAGAGAAUCGUCUGUGGGUGCAUGGUACUUGCGUAGAAUAAUGUGUGAGUAGUACUGUAUAAGAUGAAGUCGUAAUUAAGGAAUUACGAGAGCGGGUUGCGGUAUGCUCAGGUGUGUAAAGGCAGGAAAGGACUGAAACAGCUGGAAAAAUGCACAGCAAGAGAAUAUCAGUUCAGGUCUUAUUUUACAAGUUAGCGCUUAGCCACCAUGUAGGCGCUGAAUUUCAAAUAAAGUGAAGUGCGAUGGAGAAGCGAGACAAAAUGUAGGAUAUCUGGGACUGAGAAUAAUUUGCUUCACUGUUAUUGAUACUGUUGUGAGUGUAUUGCUGCUGAAUUAAAAAAGAAAGAAAGAAAAAUGCUAACAUUUUGAAAUAGUGUGAGGUGAAAUCUCUAGGCUAUACAAAUUAGGAAAUACGAAAAAAAAUUGUUUUUGUUAGUUUUGAUUCCCUUAAUUAAUUAAAGUCACUCAUACGUUUCAUUCUUUUUCAGGUAUUCAGCCUGUAUGUCAAGUAUUGGGAGCAAUAUUGAUCUUACAGGCAGUGCUCGUCUAGAAAAACACACCCUUCACCGUGGACGGAGGAAGCAUUGAACAUCAGUUUUACAAAAUAUGAUGAUAUAUAAUGACCCCCUCCCCCCCAACCCCCGCUCCGUGCUUGUGGUUUAGAAAUUUUGAAACGGUUUGGUUUGAAACGACCAUGAGCUUGUAACGUUAACAUGUCCUAAUAAGGACAGAGUACACGCUCUUUGUCUUCCCAAUAGCGAAUGUGUAAGACUAUAUUGUGACGCAAAGAAAGUUCUUGGCCUUUUCACGCAUCACAAAUAAUAUCCAAAAUUCUUUCACGUUCACGUGAAAUUCAAGACGAUCACGUUUCGAAUUAAAAAUAAAAGCCAGA